AUGGAAUCGCUAUACAGCAGGAUCAAGGUUUUAGCGUUAAUUUCUCCGCCUUUGGUUCAGAAGCCGAAAAUGGCGUUUCUAUUUAUAGCACGAAAUAGACUUCCACUUGACAUGGUUUGGGAUGCAUUCUUCCAGGGUGAUAAAGAGAAUAGGUUUUCGAUCUUUGUUCACUCAAGACCUGGUUUUCUGCUCAGCAAGGCAACAACAAGAUCAAGUUAUUUUUUGAAUCGCCAGAUUAAUGAUAGUGUGCAGGUAGACUGGGGAGAAGCAAGUAUGAUCCAGGCAGAACGCAUGUUGCUUGAAAGUGCAUUGAUGGAUCCAUUUAAUGAGCGGUUUAUUUUUCUUUCAGACAGCUGCAUACCUUUAUACAACUUCAGCUACACAUACGAUUACAUAAUGUCUGCCUCAACUAGUUUUGUGGACAGUUUUGCUGACACGAAAGAAGGUCGUUACAAUCCAAAAAUGCAUCCGGUGAUUCCAGUUGAGAACUGGAGGAAAGGAUCUCAGUGGGUCGUUCUGACAAGAAAGCAUGCAGAUAUUGUAGUGAAAGAUGACACUGUGUUCCCUAUGUUUCAGUCUCAUUGCAAGCGGAAGUCUUUACCUGAAUUUUGGCGAGAUCGACAUGUUCCUUCUGAUAAUUCUAAGGAGCAUAACUGUAUACCAGAUGAACAUUAUGUUCAAACCUUGCUUGCGCACAAAGGUCUUGAACAAGAAGUUACAAGGAGGACGUUGACUCAUACAGCUUGGGAUCUUUCCUUUUCCAGAGAACAUGAAAGACGAGGAUGGCAUCCUAUAACUUACAAGUUAGUCGAUGCUACUCCUUCACUUGUACAAUCCAUCAAGGGUAUAGAUAAUGUUUAUUAUGAGACUGAAUACAGAAGAGAAUGGUGCGCUAGCAAGGGGAAACCCUCCAAAUGCUUUCUUUUCGCAAGGAAGUUCACGAGGCCUGCUGCUCUACGACUUUUUAAUAUGUCUGCUUUGGGAGUUUCCGAUUAA